AUGACGGCCUCGACCACGAAUAAGACAAGCAGCCUUUCAUCCAACCAUAACGACCGUAAUACUCUCAUGGAAACGAUGAAACAACAAACACAAGUAAAUGGUGUGGUAUCAUCACAGAGUACAGUCAUUGUUGAUGAAGGAGAAACAUUGUUUGGAAAUGAUCAUUUGCAACAACAAGAACAACAACAACAACCAGUGAAUGAAUUCACCUUUGUUGAAACAGCACAAACAUUCCCUACGAACAUUAAUUCCAUUCAAUUUCUUCAGAGUAAUGCCUUGACGAAUCAAUCUCUUCAGUUGUAUUGGAUGAUGCCCAUGAUGGUGAUUCAAAACUCAUCAUCAGCAUCCUCUCUUGAAUCGAUGACCGGAGCGGUCGUCCAAGAUUCGCCUUCUCUCAAACGGAAACUUUCGGAGUUGGAAACCUCCCGUUCCGCUCCGGCCUCAUUUUUGCCAACAACCUCCGAGGCUCACCUUACAUCCCAACCACCUCGCUCCAAGAUGAGACGAUUGAGAAAGCCACAAAAGACAAUCACCUUACCACCUAUUUCCACUUCCCAACCAUCCUCCGCCUCCUCCAUUUCCAAACCAACGAUGAGUUGUAAUGGUUUGCCACCACUUGUUGUUUCUGUGGCCGAGAGUACUUCACAACGAUUGGCCACACCUCCUCCACUAUUCUCCUCUUGUUCGACUCCAGAAAAGUUUUCCACUCUUCUUGAUCAAUGUUUUUCAGAAAGCGACGCAUCACAGAUUAGAGGUCAAGAAAAUGAUGACAUCUUUUUAAAAGAAGAAGAAUUGUCAGCAUCCUUUGCAGGUUGUGAAAGCACGGAUUGUUGUCAUUCAUCGAACACAAUGACGAGCAGUAGUAGUAGUAGUUGUUCUUCCUUCUCUCCUUCUUCGUCGACGAGUGAAGAGACCACGACAGACUUGUUUGAAAUGUCAACCACUGUAUUAGGUGAGGAAGAAUACAGUAUGAAAGACAGUGCUUGCUGUGACACUGCCAUGACUGCUGAUCUUUCCUUAAUGAUGGAAGGUUUCACACCCACAAGUUCAGCAUUGCUUGAGGAUAACUUUUUCUCUUCAUUGGGCUGUGAAACUAGCGCUGCAAGUACUAUUGCAACAACAAUCCAAUCACAAACCACACAGACAUCAACAACAUUCUUCACUCCAGCAGGUGUGAACGGAGUUGGAACGAUUGCUCUCUUUCCCAUUCAAACGGAAGUGACAUCACGUCAUGUCGGUAAUGGCACUGAAACGACUGUUCAUCAGCAAGCAAAGAAUGUGAUCAUUCCACCUCCAUUGUUUUUGGGAAACAACUCCAAUGCUGCAAACACAAGAAACUCCUCUGCAAACACAGAACCAGCAGUUGUGAAAAAGUCAUUGCGAAGAAUCUCCAGAAACAAACAAAAACUGAAUGUUCCUACUGAAGAAUCGACUAAGAGUGCCACCCACCAAGAAGCUCCUUCCACAACCACUCCAUCCAAUGCACACGAAUGUAAACAAGAAAACACAACGACGAAGGAUCAAAAAGCUCCAUCCCCACUCCCUAUAAAUACCAAUGGUGAUGUCAAAUCAACAACCUCGAAACGAUACAAAUCACCUGCCUCCAACUCCCAGAAAUCCAAAUCUCGAGCUGAUUCCACAACAAGUUCUUCCUCAACAGUUUUUACAUUCUGUGAUGGAGGUUAUUCAAUUCCUUCCGGCAAAAAGGCAAGCCAAAACAGUUCGACUUGCAACAAUUUUGCGUCAGAGAAAAACAACUCCAACUCGUCAGCUGGUUGGAAAUUUCAUCAAUUCGAUCGACAAAAACAGCCUGUGAGAGAUUCAAGUGGUUUUACCUAUCACUUUUAUCAACCUCAUUCCAAAGAGAAAAUAGACCACCACGAACAUUAA